CAGGAAGCAUUUUCUCAACAACUACUCCAUACAUGUAUCUCUGCUGGCCAGUCUCUCAAUUCCAUCACUGAUUCCAAAGUUCAAAAGCUCUUUUAUGAUUAUAUCCCUGAAGCUAUGAUUCCAACAAGGCAGGCUUUGUCAAGCAAAAUUCUUUAUGCAGAAGUCACCAGAGUCAAGAGAGAGAUCAAAAACACCUUCUGUAAGGGUGCUUAUUUAGUCCUUUCUGGUGAUGGCUUGUCGGAAAUCUCCAGGGGUGCCUUGCAAGUGUUCCUUAUUGGGACAUUAAUUUGA